UAAUAGGCGCCGCGGACCUGACUCUGAUCUGAAGCGCGUCUGACUCCUGCGGGUCGGGCUCAGCUGUUCAUGUGACCAGCUGUCACAUGACGGACGCUCCGCCGUAAGCUCUCAGCUGUUCGCUCGGGACAGUUGCAAGGUGCUGCUUGCUGUUUAUCCACACAUAGACUAGUGUCUUCAUCUCAGGAUGGACAUCCGAGGGGCUGUGGACGCUGCAGUCCCCACCAACAUCAUUGCUGCCAAGGCAGCUGAGGUGCGGGCCAAUCUGGUCAACUGGCAGUCCUAUUUGCAGAGUCAGAUGAUCAGCUCAGAGGACUGUGAGUUCAUUAAGAAGUUUGAGGUGGCUAAUUCUGAGGAGAAACAAGUCAUUCUGACCAAUGAAGGACAUCAGUGUGCAAAGACCUUCCUAAACCUGAUGGCCCACAUCUCCAAAGAGCAGACAGUCCAGUACAUCCUGACUCUGAUUGAUGACACUCUGCAGGAGAACCAUCAGAGAGUGAACAUCUUCUUUGACCACGCCAAAAAGACAAAGAACACCGCCUGGUCCUAUUUCCUCCCCAUGCUGAAUCGUCAGGACCUUUUUACUGUCCACAUGGCUGCCAGGAUCAUUGCUAAGCUGGCUGCAUGGGGCCGGGAUCUGAUGGAGGGAAGUGAUCUCAACUACUACUUCAACUGGAUCAAAAGCCAACUCAGUUCACAGAACCUACAAGGUACAGGUCCAGAAAGCUCAGGAGCAGGAACUAUUUCUCCCAGUGAAAGCUCUCAGUAUGUCCAGUGUGUGGCUGGGUGCCUUCAGCUCAUGCUGAGAGUGAAUGAGUAUAGGUUUGCCUGGGUGGAGGCUGAUGGAGUCAACUGCAUCACUGCCGUCCUGAGCAACAAAUGUGGCUUCCAGCUCCAGUACCAGAUGAUCUUCUGCGUUUGGCUCCUGGCCUUCAGUCCGCAGCUCUGUGAGCAGUUGCGACGCUACAACGUGGUGCCGGCCCUGUCUGACAUCCUCCAGGAGUCUGUCAAGGAGAAGGUCACCCGAAUCAUUCUGGCUGCCUUCAGGAAUCUGCUGGAGAAGUCUGCCGAGCGGGAGACUCGCCAGGAGUACGCACUGGCCAUGAUUCAGUGCAAGGUGCUGAAGCAGCUGGAGAACCUUGAGCAGCAGAAAUACGACGACGAGGACAUCACCGAGGAUAUUAAGUUCCUGCUGGAGAGGCUGGGGGAGAGUGUGCAGGACCUCAGCUCGUUUGACGAAUACAGCUCUGAGCUGAAGUCGGGCCGCCUGGAGUGGAGCCCUGUGCACAAGUCUGAGAAGUUCUGGCGCGAGAAUGCCGUCCGCCUGAAUGAGAAGAACUAUGAGCUCCUCAAGAUCUUGACUCGACUGUUGGAGGUGUCUGAUGAUCCUCAAGUUAUAGCCGUCGCAGCUCAUGACAUCGGGGAGUACGUGCGACAUUACCCGCGAGGCAAACGAGUAAUUGAACAGCUGGGUGGAAAACAGCUGGUGAUGAAUCACAUGCACCACGAGGACCAGCUCGUCCGUUACAACGCCCUGCUGGCUGUGCAGAAGCUCAUGGUCCACAACUGGGAGUACCUGGGCCGGCAGCUCCAGUCCAGCGACCAGCAGCAGGCGCCGGCUGUGGCGGCUCGAAGCUAAACGGCGCUGCUGCGUCGACGUGCGUGUUCUGUAUGUGUGUUGGUCUCUGCCAUUUUAAGAAUCUAAUUUAAGUGUAUAAUGAGCUGAACUGUGCGUGGCUGUGGCUGCCUCCUCCACCCGGCCACGCCUCUAAAACUACUUGAUUUGACUGUUGACUUGCUGUUGUGCCCUCUGAGCUGUGACGUGCAACCUAUUUAAGUCUCUACCUGUAAAGUAUCUGUAUCCUGUAUCCUAAUAAAAUGCUUCUGUGUUGGA